GAUAAAACGGGAUCGCAUUUUCUCUCGGAAAAAUAAACUCCACACAGAUCGGAAACCUCACCGCACGCCACAGCCUUCCCCGCCCGCCCCAUCCGCCACCGUCGCCAUGGGCAGAGGCCGAGGAGGCCGCAACCGCAAGCCCCGCAACUCCGCCACCUUCCGCCUCUGCCCGCGCCCCGGCGCCGCCGACCCCUCCGACCGCGUCCUCGUCCGCGUCGACGGCAACCAGUACCACGUCCCCGGCCUCGACGACGACGACGACGCCUGCUACUUCGAGGGCGCCUUAGGGGACGACGGCGCCGAGCCCUCGUCCUCCCCAUCUGGGGCCGCCCUCCCCGACCACGUCCGCCGCGCGAUCCUCGAGCUCGGCCUCCCCGACGACGGCUACAACUACCUCGCCCACAUCCGCGAGAUCCGCCCCUCAUACUCCUCCACCGGGGGCGGGGGCUCGUCCGCCGUGUUCCUCCCCACCCGCCGCGCCGCGCGCUGCGGCCUCCCGCUGAGCGUCAAGGCAUACGACGCGCGUGGUGUUGAUGUUGGUCUGGACAAUGUCGCCGCAGCGGGAGCGCUGAUUCCAGUGGAGGAGGCUAUCGACCCGGAUAUCACCGACCUGCUUGAGGAGAGCGAGGUGCCACCGGAGACCUCGGAGGAUGAGAAUGAGGAUGAGGAGAGCGAGGUGCCACCAGGGAUCGUGGAAGAUGACAAUGAGGAGAGUGAGGGGCCAUCGGAGACCUCGGAGAAUGAGGAUUCAGAGCUGGAGGACGAUUUUGUUAUCAUUGCAAAUCAGCCUGAGCAGGAAGACCAGAUGGAUCUUGAGGAUGAUUUUGUUAUCCUUGCAAACCAGCCUGACGGCGAAGAGCAGAUGGACAUGAUGGGCGGUUAUGGGCAUGUUAAACUGCUUGCUUUGGGAAAGAAUGAUGCGGUGAAGAUGGCCGUGAUAACCAAGGCUCAGAAAGCUUUUAGGGGUCCGUCCUUGUCGGCGCACCUUGUGUGCUGAUUAUUUAUCUUAUAUAUAUUGUGUUGAUAGUGAACUGUUUGUCAUAGCAAUUCGAUUGUCAGUAGGAAUAAUAUUGAACAUUUGUGCCAAAUGUCGCACGCACUAAGUUAGGUUUCCUUAGUAGAUAAAAGUUAUGGGUGAUGUACGAUAUUCAUCUUCUACUGUACCGCUCUCCCAAGAUUAUGUUUCAAAACUCGUAAUUCAGGAUGUACAAAGUUAUCGUUGUCUCAUUGUGCU